AUGUCCACAUGCAUUUGCUUGGGCCCCAAAAGAGCAGGGAAAACUCACCUUUUGAAAGCUUUACAGGAUCCGGAAUCCAUCGACGAGACCACGUUUUCCAUGCCCACCAUUGGCACUGGGAUCUACCGAAUCCAUUUCCCAACCAAAUCGCCAAAUGGGGAUAAAAACAAGCCUCCUCCGAAAGAAGCUCCAGCUAACAUUCCGCACGGCGGUAAAAAUCUGCCCAAAUCCAUACAGAUCCUAGAAAUCGGAGGGAGUAUGGCCCCCUUGUGGAGGCAGUACUUCGAGGACGUCAAGAAGCUUAUCUAUGUGGUGGACACCUCCAAUCUCUGUCAGAUUUCAGCCGCCGGCGUUCUUUUCUAUUCAAUCCUCACCGAGCCGCGUCUGCAGCACAAUACCAAGAUCCUGUUGGUCCUGGCCAAAAUGGAUUACUCCUACCGCCAGAUGCGAAACGAGGCUCUGCUCAUGCUGCAGAUGCAAAAGUUGCAGAAGCAGAUCCGCCAGCAGGUGACCAUCGUGGAGGCCAGCGCCGUCACCAAAGUGGGCUUAGACCCCAUCUACGAUUGGCUGCAGAGACCCUGA